AUGAUCAGAUUGUUAGACACAGAGACAAAAAGGCUCGUGCCCCCCAAGGUUCAAGACAUCCCUGAAUACGCCAUCCUAUCCCAUCGAUGGGGCCUCGAGGAAGAUGAAAUCACAUUCGACCAGAUCAAUCAGGAAAUUCAUGACGAUAAAAUGACCGAGAAGCCCGGAUACAAAAAGAUAACGAACUGCUGUGAGCUCGCCAGCAAGGUUGAGCUGAAGCAUGUCUGGGUUGAUACAUGCUGUAUCAAUAAGUCCAAUCCCGGAGAACUCUCAGAAGCAUUGAAUUCCAUGUUCCACUGGUAUCGCAAUGCACAGGUCUGCUAUGCUUACCUGGCAGACGUAGAACCCGGUGAUGACCCAUUUAAGGAUGGAUCUCAAUUUCGGAAAAGUGCCUGGUUCCAGCGAGGAUGGACAUUGCAAGAGUUGUUAGCGCCACUGUAUGUCGUAUUCUUCAACAAGAAAUGGGAGGAGAUCGGGACCAAAGCUAGCCUCCAUCCAGUCAUCACCCAGAUUACUGGGAUUCCAGCAGAGGUUCUUUUGAUGAACUGUGCAGGCGAGGUUAGCGUGGCCGAACGUAUGUCAUGGGCUGCUAAUCGAACAACGGCGCGAGUGGAAGACCAGGCGUAUUGUUUGAUGGGGCUGUUCGGGGUCAGCAUGCCAAUGCUGUAUGGGGAAGGCGAGAAAGCGUUUGAGCGGCUGCAGAGGGAGAUCCUUAAGGUGUCGGACGAUCAGUCCAUCUUUGCAUGGACUAGAGAUGAUCCUCAUAGCCCGAGCGGGCUUCUGGCCAGAUCACCUCAUGAUUUCAGAAGGUCGAAGGGCAUACAUCAGUUGCGCGACUCACUGCCGUACAGUAUGACCAACAAAGGCCUGCAUAUCACUCUGCGUCUCCUCCUUGAUGACUCGUCAAAAUCUGGUAUGGCGGCUCUGAGCUGCGGGCGUGAUAACAAGCCAUUCGUGAUCCGCCUGGAAAAGCCCCCCGGGGCUGGAGACGACACAUUUGUCCGGACUAACCUUCACGAGACCUACGAAGAGCAGGACAUGUCCAGCUUUAUAGACAAAACGAUCUACAUCACAGAAACCGACCCAUCAAGGUUCAAGAUAACCGAGUGGAUGAGGCCGGAGUCACGAUAUACCUUUGUGGUUCACCGUCCCCCUCCCGCAAACCUGAGCAGCUCUUCCCACCCCGAGGUGAGCUGGACGUCGAGCGAGAAAACCAUUGAAUUGACGUCCUGGCGUAGCGGACAUGCUGGCGUGCUUCUCUUCAGUGACAAUGACGGUGGCAACAACAACCCUUACAAACACCCUGGCAACAACACUGGCAAGAAGAGCGACAGGAAGAAACAUAUGGCGAUCCUCAUUGGCGUGCAUAACUACAAUGUAUGGUGCGAUAUUGUAGAUGAUGUAGAUGACUCGGAGGAUGUUUUCAGGGCGGUUUGGGAUAGGUAUUGCAACACCGGGGGACGGGACAGGCGGUGGCACAACCUGGAUCGCCAAAGGUUACUUGAUAAUCAAGGACAGACGAAGGCAUCCCUGGCUAUAUCCAAAGGACUUUGGAACGGACAGAGGGUGUGGCAUGUUUAUCUCAAACUAGGGAUGCGGUAUUCCCUCGUAAAACUGGGUCGGGGCUGUUGCUUUUGA